GGAUCCAUUAUAAAUCGAUCAGCGUCUCUGCUCUCUCCUCAACGAGGACGAACAACAGUGCAACGAAGAAACACUCUGCUUUGCGUCAAGGAAUCAAGAACAGAGAAAGGCGAAUCCAUGGCUACGUUCGUGACGUCGUCGCCGGCGGUGAUUGUUUCGGCUCGCCCAGGGCGGGUAGUAGGGGCUCGGCGGUGCGUGGUGGCGCGAGCGUCCGCAACGAUGGCGGCACCGGCGACGGUGGCCGCAGGGAGGACGCACUACGAGGUGCUCGGGCUAGGCGCCGGGGCCAGCAGGGUCGAGAUCAAGGCCGCGUACCGGCGUCUUGCCAGGGAAGUGCACCCUGACGCCGUCGGAGGUGGCGGCGACGAGGGGUUCGUCCGGCUGCAUGCGGCCUACUCCACGCUCGCCAAUCCUGACGAGCGCGCUCGCUACGACCGGGACAUGACCUGCCGUGCCGCGGGGAUGAUGAUGCGGCGGGCGGCCGCGGCCGGGCCGGCAGUCCGGAGGAGGACGUGGGAGACCGACCAGUGCUGGUAGGAAGGGCGGACUCACGCGGCUGCCCUCCGGGACCAUCGGCCGGUCCGAUCAGGCACAACGCGUCAUGGAGGCGGCGCUCGCUGGACGGCUGGAGAGAAGAUCCCGCCGAUUGUCUUGGGCUGGCCGGUCAGAAUUGGCCCAUAUUGGGUGUGUGGACGCGGGAGCUCUAUACAGGGCAAGAGUCGUUUUUUAAAGAUCUCUUGUGCGUUCGAUUAGCAAAAUGCAAAUAUGUAAAUGAAUUAGUUACAUACUGCAAAUUAAAGGCCAAUGAACAUACUAGUUUUUUUUA